GACUUGCCCGAUAACAAGAGAUUCCCGAGUCAACAAACAUCACCAACGCCAACCCAACCUCUCCUCUCUUCAUGUCGGUGAAGCACAACUCACCACGGACAUCAGACCCGAGCUAUACUGCAAGGGCAAUGCAAGUCGACCUGGAUCAUAUCGUGCUUUCGGAUAUCAAUGCGGAUACCAUUGAUGCUACCAUGCAUCGAACGUUACCAAAUUCCUGGGGCUGGAGCCAAGAUUUGCGACGCGGUCAAUCUUGAUCUCUGCCAUAGCCCAAGCGGUGACUUCGGAUGAACUGAUAUGGAUAGUUGCCAUGAUCAAUUGCAGGUGGGUAGAUGCUUUUCAUAAGGUCAUGUCCUUCCUUUUUCCUUUCGCUCCGAGAACUGCCUCCGAGAGCCUCAAUCAUGGUACGCUUCUCUCCUCUGCUUGGACUGGCUGCAGUGGUGAUAGCUGCACCUAGCCGGAGAUGGGACAAUUCGACAACUCCUUCAAAGCAAAUGGUUCAAAUCCCACUCGAUGCCUACUUCAACAAUAAAGGAUUCGGUCUUGUUCCUGGCGAAGCCAAUUUCGAUGAAUUGAACAAUUCCUACCCUGCAGCGAAUCUGCCAACCGGUGGAUCCUACACAUCGACCAAAACAAACAUCACAUAUCUGUUUCCUGGAUACCAAGCCAACAAAAGCGACAAUGUGGUCAUGUCAGGGCAGCAGAUUGAUGUGCCUGCAGCAUCCUACUUCAGUCUGCAGAUGCUCAUCUCGACCGAGUCUGCUGGUACAUCUGGGAAUAUGUCGUUCGAGUACACGGAUGGAACAACGACUCUUGCCGAAGUACGAACGAAUCCCUACUCGUCAUUUCUGUCAAUUUUAAAAGGAGAGAUUGUGAUGCCAUCAUACUUUACAAUCAAUACCACGAACUUCAAUACUUCUCACAUCUUUGAGUAUAUCGGAGCCGUGGAUCCCAGCAAAACCCUAUCUUCAAUCACGUUGCCUGAUACAUCAAAUGAUACCGCUAGAAUACAUUUGUUCUCGGCAUCGCUAUACAAGCAGACCGGAGUCCAAGUCCAAUUUCUUCGCCCUACCCAGAAGCAUGAUAUCGAGCGAGUUCAGACUGUGGAAGUCGUCAUCGACAAUGCGGGUCCUGAUUGGAUUUCGGGUGCUGGUGUUGAAGUCUCGAUCACCGGUCCAGGCAUUGAAACUAUUACCCCAGGAUAUAUCAAGCGAAUGCGUCCUGGGGAUCAGAAAAAGAUUAAUGUCGGAGUCAUUGGUUGUGGAAACGUGACUACGACGGUACAUCUGACCGGUUCUAUGAAUGCGACUUAUACUAUCGAGAACGUCAAGUUUGGCCUUGAGGAGUACACUUCGGAAUUAUCCAGCUUGUCAAAUCAUGAAAGUCCGGAAUGGUUCAAUGAUGCCAAGUAUGGCAUCUUUAUUCAUUGGGGCCCUUACUGUGUUCCAGGUUGGGGCAAUUCGACUCCCUGGGAAAUCUAUGCAGAAUGGUACUGGUGGUACGGACACCACCGCAAUGCCGACAAAGCCGAUGUUUACGAUCAUGAACUGGACACAUACGGACCCUACGUCGUUUACGAUGACUUCUUCUCCAACUUCACGGCUGAGAAUUGGGAUGCGAAAUCAUGGGUUGACUUGAUCGCGGAUGCUGGAGCUCAAUACUUCGUUCUUACUACGAAGCAUCACGAUGGAUUUGCAAUGUUCGAUACGAAAGAGACUACGCAUCGGAACUCUCUGCACUACGGACCCAAGAGAGAUAUUUUGGGGGAGUUGUUCGCUGCGGCGAAGGAAUACCAACCUCAGCUUAAGCGAGGAACGUAUUUCAGUCUGCCUGAAUGGUUCAAUCCUCUAUUUGGUCCUUAUGGCUUCUCUCAGACAAGUGACCCAGCAAGCACCUCAUGGCCAGGCAUCAUCGCAACAAAUCCGUACACUGGACUCGAAGAACCAUAUACAGGAGCUCUUCCCCAAAAUGACUUCAUCGCUGACUUGAUGGUUCCUCAAAUGGAGAUCCUUGCCUACGGCUACGAAACGGACGUGAUGUGGUGCGACUGCGGUGCUGCUAACGGCACGGCCGAAUUCGCCGCCGCCUGGUUCAACCAAGCCGAAUCACAAGGCCGCCAAGUAACGAUGAACAACCGGUGCGGCAUCGCAGCCGGUGCAGACUUCGAUACUCCCGAAUACAGCACCUUCUCAUCUGUCUCGGAGCGAAAGUGGGAAAGCAACCAAGGUCUCGAUCCAUACUCCUACGGCUACAACCGCGCCACUCCAUCGUCACUGUACAUGAACGCAUCUACGCUUGUGUAUAACCUCGUCGACAUGGUUAGCAAGAAUGGCAACCUGCUGUUGGAUUUUGGUCCCAUGGCUGAUGGGACCAUUGAUGCUACUGAGGUCGCGCAUUUGCUUGAGGCUGGGUUGUGGAUUAAGGCUAAUGCUGAGGCGAUCUUUAAUACUACUUAUUACUUCAUCGCAGCAGAAGUAGAUGAUGUCCGCUUCACGCAGACCAAAGAUGCGUUCUACAUCCUCUCGCUAUCAGAACCAAGCGAGACUUUCGUGGUAGAUGCGAAGCUGCCGAUCGUCGACGGCGACAGUAUCACUAUGAUUGGAGCAGGUAAUGGCACGAAGUUGGAUUGGACGUUUUCGGAUGAAAGUCUGACGAUCACCGUUCCGCCAGCUUUGGUGGCUGCUGGAAAGUAUUGUUGGGUAUUGAAGAUUGAGUACUCAUAGCUAUUAUUAUAAUGAAAC